CACCAACGUCAAAUAAGCGUAUUCGUAUUUUCAGAAUGCGGCUUGUCGAACCAAGAAAACCGUAUUGUUGGUGGUCGACCUACAGGCGUAAACAGGUACCCAUGGGUGGCUAGGAUCGUCUACGAUGGUAGGUUUCACUGCGGAGCAUCUCUACUGAGCAACGACUAUGUCCUUACAGCGGCCCAUUGCGUCAGAAAAUUAAAGAGGUCAAAAAUACGAAUUAUACUUGGUGAUCAUGAUCAGUCCACCACUACUGAUGUUCCAGCGAAAAUGAGAGCCGUCGCGUCAAUUGUGAGGCACAGAAACUUUGAUUCUGAUUCUUACAACCACGAUAUAGCCCUAUUGAAGCUCAGAAAGCCUGUGGAAUACACGAAAAACAUCAAACCAAUAUCUUUGGAUCCGUCUGGUAAACUGGGCACAGUGGUGGGUUGGGGGCGCACAGCCGAGGGGGGAAUGCUCCCCAGUAUAGUUCAAGAGGUGGAGGUCCCCAUCCUGACCCUCUCGCAGUGCAGGGCCAUGAAAUACAGGGCGUCCAGAAUCACCUCGUACAUGCUAUGCGCUGGGAAGGGGGCCAUGGAUUCCUGUCAGGGGGACAGUGGCGGUCCUCUUUUGGUGCAGAACGGGGACAAAUUCGAGAUAGUGGGGAUCGUUUCUUGGGGGGUGGGAUGCGCCAGGCCCGGCUAUCCAGGGGUGUACACCAGGGUGUCCAAAUAUUUGAACUGGAUUAAGUACAACGUCGAGGACUCAUGUGUUUGUAGUUAG